AGUCACCAGCAAACGUGCGCUGAAGCUCCAUCCAACGGGCUCCUGCUUGGCUUACAGCGGGCUGCCAUCCAAGUUUAGGUGCAUUACUAGCUUGUUUUGCGUAUUUUUUAUAGAGCAAAACGGUCGUUGCUGGCUCUGCGCUGGAGAAGCGCUUGAUUCUCAUUCUUCCACCCCCAAAACCCAUCAUAUUCUCCGGCCCCGGGCACAUAAAGAUGCCUGCCACCGUCGACGACCCGGCAAGCCCCACCGUCUACCGUGUCUCCGGCGCUCCUCCAUUCCCGGACCCGGCAUUCCCAAGCUUGCCGCCGGACAUUGUCCCCCGCCAAGUCACCCUCCGAGACCGCCAGACAAUAGCUACAAUAGUCCCCGUGCCGUCACGGCACCAGGUACCACCGUCUCUAUUAACAUACCUAUGUGCGCAGAUCAAUAAGGAAAUCGAGGGCGGCGACACAUAUCCAUUUAUAGAGACGUUUACUCCGGAUGGCUUCGCCGACUACUGGUUCCAGAAUUUCGGAGCCGUCAUGCUCCUGGGAAACAUUGAAAGUGCAGAUGCCCUUGUUGAGUCUGGCCAAGACUGGGCCCGCGAAUGUCUCGGCAGUUUCUUCAUCAAGCCCAAUUACCCAGGCCGGUCAAGCCACGUCUGUAACGGAGGGUUGCUUGUCACAGACGCCUCGAGAAACCGCGGUGUAGGCCGCCUAAUGGGCGAGUCGUAUAUCGAUUUUGCACCGCGUCUAGGAUAUACCUACAGUGUCUUCAACUGCGUGUAUGAGACCAACGUGGCAUCGUGUAAGAUUUGGGACGCGCUGGGCUUUAAGCGCAUCGGCCGCAUCAAGGGCUGCGGGAACCUUAAGUCGCAUCCAGACCGACUCAUUGACGCUAUUAUAUACGGAAGAGAUCUUGCACCCGGCGAUAGCGAAGAUCUUGUCAGCGAAGAGCGGUUCGACAAGAUCAAGUUUUAUCUCAAGUUUGGCAAGUAUCCUGCUGGCGCGGACCGUGCGGAAAAGUCUCGCCUGCGUAGUGCGGCCACUCACUACAAGCUGCUCGAAAACGACAAACUUAUGCUCAAGGACAAAGAGGUGAUUUCCGACCCUGAGCGCCAAUACGAGAUCGCAAGACAAGUACAUAUGCAGCAUCACGCAGGCAUCAAUAAAACAACUGCCACCAUAGCAGAAAAGUACCACUGGAGUCGCAUCAAAGAAACGGUCAGCGAUGCCAUCAAGACAUGCGCCAAGUGCAAGGACACCGGCAAAGCACCAACGCCAACACCUCUCCCUACACGCCUUGGCCCUUCGCCACAGACACAAGCAGCUCCCACGACUCAUCCUCCUCCAUCUCUUCCCGACCCUGCCACUGCUGCCCCGGUGCCUAUCCCAUCCGCUGCCCCUGCUGUUCUCAACUUACAAAACCACCCCAUGCUCAACACUUCACCGCCGUAUGCCAACCUCUCGGAUAUAUCCUCGAUGCAACCUCUUCACCAUCACCAUCACCAUCCAUCCAUGCUCCAGAACACCUCGCAUCACGUAUACCAGCCCAUUGAUCCGCAGAUGAUUGACACUUCUCACCACCACUUUGAUAGUUACAAUGCCCAUGCAGAUUUCCAGGCACUGUUGACGGCGACGGAGGACGUUCCUGGUGGACCAGAUUCCUCAGCAAUGGAGAGAGACUUGGAGAUGCUUAUUGAGCAGCAUCAACAUGACGCAGUGGGUGACCAUGAGAUGGUGCAUGGGGGUGAUAGUGACGGAGAUGAAGAUAUGCAUGGUAAAGAUCGAGGGUUAUAUGACGUUUCAUUCGACCACGGUCCCGGAUAGUGGAGCGUGGUCUUCUAUAUAUUACGAAUUCAAGCAUAGCGAUGCGACAUGUGAAAUAAUACAGAUUGUCUUUAUGAGGCCGCGUUCAUUCUAGGCUGUAAAACAGAUACUGCGCACGGCUGUUUUAUAAAAUCCAGAUUUAGAUUAUGGAUAAGAGGGUCUUUUUAAGUCUAGGUAUCAUCAUACGGAUCCUCAAACGCCUCCAGACACAUCACAUCGUUUUGCUUCUUGCAUACGUUCGUCUUCCAAAUAAUAACAAGUAUAUCCAUGCCGAACAUUAAACUUUUUUUUAUACUUUAUUUGCCAUUGCUUAUCACAUUUUACCUGCGGGGCAUACCGCGACCGCGGCCUCUCAACGCACGCUGAGCAGCGCCGGGGGGGAGCUGCUGACCGGGAGCUUGGGGCUGGGCGCUCUCUUCGUUUCGGAUCGUCUCGUCGACGCUGAGAAUGAGACAGCUGGCCUCGGUGGCAGCCUGGAUGGCGUUAAUCUUGACCAUGGCAGGCUCCCAGACGAAGCGGUCGACCAUGUUGGCGACGCCCUCGUUCUGGAAGUCCACACCAGCCCAUGUGUUUCCUCGGCGGUGCUCGACGCGAAGUCUGUUGAGAAUGUCGGUGGCGUCAAAGCCAGCAUUGUCGCACAGCUGACGGGGGAUAAUCUCGAGAGCCUUGGCAAAGCUCUUGAUAAUGGUCUGCUCCUUACGGGAGAUCUUCUCGUCGGCGUAUUGGUGAAGGUAAGCGGAAACAUCCAUCUCAGUAGCACCACCACCACCAACAAUCAUGUGGCUCUUGACAGCGCGCUUGACAAUCAUGAUGGCAUCGUGAAGCGAACGGUCCACCUCGGCGAUGAACUGCUCAGCACCACCACGGAGGACAAGUGUGCAGGUCUUGGCCUCGGGGCAGUCCUCAAAGAAGUUGAAGCGCUCACCACCAAUCUGGCGCUCCUCAAAGAUACCGCAGGUUCCAAGGUGUUCGGGGAGAAUGUCGGAGCAGGUAGACUGAACAACGGCACCGGUGGCCUGGACGACACGCUCCAUGUCUUCGGAGGCGACGCGGCCAGCGCAGAAAAUGUCGCGGUCGGCGAAGUACUGGGUGCCCAAGUCACCAAUGGGCAGCUUGCUGAGGACAACCUUGGCGCCAGUGUUGGCAAUAGCCUCCAACUUCUUGUAGAUGAUUUGCCACUCGGCAUCGACGAUGGCCUGGUAUUCCGAAACCUGCUCGACACGGACUUCGGCAUUGUCCUUUUCGGCCUUGAGCUCGAGCUCGACGUUGAGGCAGACAAUCUUGGGCUUCUUGAAUGCCUUGGGCUGCUGCUCGAAACCAGCGUAGGAGAAGGUCUUCUUGAAGGCGACACCGUUGACGAAGAGGGAAUCGGUGAGUGAGCCGCCAGGGAUCUUCUUAACUCCAAUGAGCUUUUCGUUGAGGUCUUCCUGGUCGAGGGAGAGAACGGCAUCGACAACCACUAUUUUCAUCAGUUAGUAUUGUAAAUUCGGAAAUUAGUGCUCGGGUGCUGCGUAUUGCUCACUCUUGGUGAAGAAUGUGGUGUUUCUCUUGAUCAGUUUGCUAGUCAUGGCGGUGGCGGCCAAUCGCUCGAGGGUCUCGCGCUGGUUGCUCUCGGAAGUGUUGAUGGCAAUCUCCUUGAUCUUGUUGACAGCCAUGCGGGAGGCUCUUCGGAGAGCCUUGAUGAUAACCUGAGAGCUGAAUCCCUGCUCAACGUAUUCCUUGACCUCCUUGAGGAUCUCGCCGGCGAGGACCACGACGGAGGUAGUACCGUCACCAAUUUCGGCAUCUUGCGAUCGGGCAAUAUCGACGAGGACUCGGGCGGCGGGGUGGACAAUGUCGAGAAGCUAAGUGAAGAUAUUAGCGGAGUGUUUAUGCGAGAAAUGUCGCUCUCGUAGACGGACCUUCAUGACGGUAGCGCCAUCAUUUGUAAUGGUCUGCUUGCCAUUCUGGUCGACCAUGAGCAAAUCACCACCGUAGGGGCCAAGCGUAGACUUGAUGGUGGCCUGGACAGCGAGACAGGCAUUGAUGUUGGAGAUGAUCUGACCUUUGCCCUGAGAAGUAUCGGUGCCUGGGUAGCGGACGCGGCGGUUAGCAUAUUCUGUCGAGGGCCAAUGUGGCGGUGGGGUAUAUUUCACCUUCUUUCAGGACAAUGAUUGUCGGGGUUUGCCCUCCGAACGACAUGGCGAUUAUGUGAUGGAGAGAUGCAGAGGGAAUAAAAUUCGGUUAGGGAUCGAAGCAGGCUAUUUCCGUCUCCUUCUGGCGAUGUCGAUGGGCGGAGAGGAAGAAAGGAGGUGGUGGUGGUGUAGGCGGGAG